GCGCGCAAAGGCGGUUUCAAAGGUCAGAGCCCCACUAAGAACCAGAUUGCUGCGACGCUCGCGACUCCGCAGGCUCUAAACCACCAGUCACAAGCAUGAUCUCCCUCGCAACGCUUCUCGCGAGCGCCACGGUCGCCGCCGCGGCCAAAAAAGUCGAGGACGUGCCGGCGCCGGGCAUCGUCGACACGAUUCUCGGCUUCGUGCCGUCGUGGCUCGGCGGGCCUGUCGCGCAGGUCUUCGACAAGGGCGUCGAGACGCUCGGCUGUGUCCUUGGCUGGAUAACCGCGGGGCCGCAGGUCGUCGCCAACGUGGUCGCCUGUGCGGGAAAUCAACGCGACGAGAGAUCCGCACCGUUACGCCGUCGACGCAGGUGAUCACGUGGGGCGCCGACACGGCCAUGUCCCUCCCGGCGACGGCGCGCGACGUCGCGACGGGCGACGCCGGCACGCUCGACACGCUCGCGGACUUGGCUGUCACGAUCGGGUCGAUCGUAGCGUGCGGUGUCACGACGUCGUCACGUCGAAGCGCCACGCCAAUGCCUUCCACGCAGGUCUUCGUGGUCUACGUGGUCCUCACGGCGAUCAACCUCUUCCUGUCCACGCUCGAGUCCGUCCGCGACUACCUCGCCAAGCAAGGCCUGCUCACGCUGCCGCGCGUGCCGGCCAAGGUACCGCUCGUCGGCGUCGAGGUCCCCGAGGGCGUACGUGGUGUCCUAAACACGCCCAUCGACCUCGCGCAGAAGUACCUCGUCGACCCGAUCAAGCACUACCAGCACCGCACGAUCAUUCCUCUCGAAGGCGGCCACGGCUCGACGCUCGGCGGCACGAUCGCGACGAUGGCGUCGGCGACGGCGGCGUGCCUCUUCUUGGCCUCGACCCCGGACCUCUUGGCGCUCGCGCGCGGCGGCGCCGACAAGGCAGCCGCCGAAGCUAUUGCUUGGACGCUCGGUACGGCUCUGGGCCUGAAGUACGUCGCGGCGAGGGCGUGAGCGCGCGCCGCCGACGACGCGCGCCCCGCGGGGACCAAGUCGCCCGCGUCGCGGCGCGCGUCGGAUUCCUCCCUCCACCUUUCUCCCGCCUACCCCGACGAAACUUGA